AUGUGCACAACAGCCUUGGGCCGCAUUCCCAAGCCCCGAGCUCCAAAUCCUGGGCGCAGCGAGAGUGAGGUCUGCAACUUUUCCCUAGCGGAGCUCCGUGUGGUCCACGAUCGUUUGAAGUCCGUCCACGGCCUCCCCUUGAGCACCUGCCAGGUGGAGCUGUCGCUGCUGCGCCAGCUCCCUGUUUCGUCUGGCUUAGUCAAUGGCUGUCGCGAACUGGGGAUCACGGUAUUGGCAUUUUCGCCUUUGGCAAUGGGUCGUCUUAGUGGUCAGUAUGAUCGCUUAAUCGGGCUCUCGGGAAUGGCGCAGCAGAGGCGGAAGGUGGUGCUCGCGCUCUGCCUGCUGGCCCUGGUUUUUCGGGGCCUCGCUCCCGAAGACUUCGUCGGCUCGGCCCCUCCGCAAGCGCUAAAAAGCAGGGAGGGGCGAGGCAAGCAAGGCCUUGUGGUCAGGGAGAGCUUCCAGAACCCCUUGGCGGGCCCGGAUGGCAAGAUCGACCAGAAGAAGGUCGAUGCCGCGCUGGCCACGGGCUUAGACAUCGCGAAGAACGUGCUCUUUGCGCUCUUCGACAUCUUCAAGGAGCCCCCGCAGGAAGCGACGGGGAAGGAUGCCCCUGGGCUCCUUGCUCUGGGCAACGGUGGUGUGCUCGGAGCUUUGAAGGGCUGCGAGGUCCAGUCGGUGUUGGACGCUUCUGCCAAGGAUGCCGCGGCCCUUUGUGCGUCGAAGGAUGGGGGCCUAGCCGUCUUCUUCCUCACGCACUUUGGUGAUUUUAACUCUUGGGAGGUAGCACAGCAGCUGCGCACUGCCAUCCGGGAAGGCCGCACUGGCUCUGCCCGGGUGGUCCUGGUGGGCAUCGGCUCGGUGGACUCCGGCAAACUCUUUGCAGAGCAGCUGGAGUUGCCCUUAGACGCCUUGGAGAUCUACGCGGAUCCCAGCGGCGCCUGCCACCAGGCCUUGGGCUUCAGCACUGGUGCGCUGCCCCAGUACAAGGAGAGCCUGAACCCCUACUUCCGCGUCUUUUUGAUGCUGCUAGGCGUCGGCUCACCGGGUACAAUCCGGACGGUCUUGGGUGGCUACUUCGGCAACACGGCCUUGGCACUGGAGGAGACUUCCUGGGUGGACGAGGCACUGAAGCAGGGCGCCCAGAAGGGUCGCUUCCCCACCUCGGUUCCCCGACGCUUGCCAUGGGAAGAGAAGCCUGCAGAUGGUGGCCCAGAGUGGGUGGAGCUGGCGAGCGCGGGCUCCGAGGUCUGGAACAAUCGUGGCUUCGGGGAGACGGGCCUUCGACCCUUCGAGCUGGCGACCGUCCGGUUGCAGAACAUGAUGGGUGGAAUCAUCGCUAACUGGGACAGCCUAAAGCCCGCAGACGACGAGCUCCUGGUUCAGCAGGGCGGUGCCAUCAUCUUUGACGGCGAGGAGGUGAGCUACUUCUUCCGAGAUAAGGGCAUCCUCACCUAUGCACCUGUGACGACAGCUCUUCAGUCACUACCCAAGAAGUGA